AUGGCAACAACCACAGAAACCCCAAAACGCGUCAUAGAAAAUCUCGAGUCAGAGACACGAGAGGAGAAAGUCGUAACAGAUGAAGUCGAGAAUGUGGACAUCACUCCUCCAGGCGAAGAAGUUCAAAUUACAAAAGAGCUAGAUCGUCUCAUCACUAAGAAAUUCGAUAGACAUAUUGUGCCAUGGCUAUUUGGACUGUGGCUAUUAGCUUUCAUUGACCGUUCUAAUAUUGGGAAUGCUAAGAUUGAUGGAUUGGCUGCGGACUUGGGGAUUCUCCAGGGGACCAAGUUUAAUAUCGCACUGGCUAUCUUCUAUGUUCCUUACAUUUGUGUUGAUAUUCCAUCAAAUUGGCUCGUCAAAAGAGUAGGCGCUGGUCACUAUCUUCCCAGCAUGAUCAUAGCCUGGGGUAUUAUAAGUCUCUGCAUCGGAUGGGUAAAAACAUGGAAAGGUUUACUCGUUGCUCGUUUCUUCCUCGGGUUGAUGGAAGGUGGAUUGUUAGGAGGUAUUAUAAUCUAUCUAGCCAUGUUCUACCGCCGUCACCAACUCAUGCGUCGAAUCGGUCUAUUUUACUGCGCCGCUCCAUUGUCAGGAGCCUUCGGCGGUCUGCUCGCCACAGGACUUUCAGAAAUCAAAACUCGAGGGUAUAAUGGUUGGCCGUUUAUUUUCUUCGUCGAGGGAGCUAUAACUAUUGUUUUUGGAAUCAUAACAAUAUUCUUCCUUCCCCAUACACCCUCUCACUCAAAAUUUCUGACAGAAGAAGAAAGAUACGUCGCUAUUCAUCGCAUGAAGCUUGAUUAUCGUGGUGCUUCUCCCGUUGCCAAUAUAGAUAAUGAGAAGUUUAGCUGGCAUUGGGUAAGACUUGCUGUGUUCAAUUGGAAUACUUGGCUGCUUUCACUGAACUUCUUUGCUGUUAUCACUCCUAUCUAUUCUUUUUCUCUUUUUCUACCCACGAUUAUCACGGCUCUGGGUUAUACCCGAGUAAAUGCGAAUCUCCUAACUGUCCCCCCAAACAUGGUCGCUUUCCUCAGCGUUAUACUCGUCACCUCCCUCUCCGAUUAUUUCAAACGCCGCGGCAUUUUCAUGCUCAUCUGCGCCAGCAUCGCUAUAAUCGGUUAUAUAAUGCUCAUCACCACCUCACAACCUCAUAUCCAAUACGGUGGCACAUUUCUCGUCGCUGCUGGAAGUUUUGCAUGUCCACCUAUAGUCAUGGGUAGGUCCCCGAUCCCCAAUCCCAAACCCCCCAUUCUCCCUAUUUCCUCUUCAAGUUCAUAUUCGCCAUCUCCCCUAAAACUAAACCCCCACUCCUUGCCAUCAGGCUGGCUAGCAAACAACACCUCCCCUCACUACGUACGCGCGUCCGCCUCGGGGUUGCAAAUCGGCCUCGCCAAUAUUGCCGCCUUCAUCGCUACCUUUACAUAUAUCGCGGAAGAUGAACCUCGGUAUGUAACCGGGCAUGCUAUCAAUCUCGGUAUGUUAGGUUUGUGUUUGGUGGUUACUAGUGUUACGAUGGGUUAUUGUAGGUGGGAGAAUCGGAUGCGGGAGAGAGGCAUGAGGGAUGGGAGGUUGGUGGAGGGGAAUGUAGGGGAGUUGGGUCACAGACAUCCAGACUUCAGGUAUACUGUUUGA